GUUCCCGUGUCGAUAGUCGCGGUCCGAAAACAAGUUUUCUAGCUUUGCCAUCCUGCCUCAAAAUGUCCGAUGAAUCAGCCCAGUCAGAACAGAGUAAUUAGUUUGGGACAUCCACACAAAUUUCAGACGCAAGUAAAGCGAACCGACAAUUGGUGGUGGCCCCGCGGUUGGACAUUCCGUUGGCUUCCAUUGAGAUACCGUUCUCAUGCAAUGUCUGCUUUCGAUGAACUGAAGCGUCUCAGCCCGAUCGACGAACUGAAAUCUCCAACAGUGCACGUGAUUCGUGAGGUAUACGAGGGGGAAAACGCACACGAAACCUUCGAACUUGAGCUGGACAAAGCGCUGUAUGCCAAGGCGGACUACAUCAUCAUCGAACCAACGCGACUCGGCGAAGAAACGGGCCGCUGGAUCGCCGUCGGAAAUUGUCUACACAAAACGGCUUUCGUCAGCGGGCUGGCAUCGGUGGCGGCCGGACUGAUAUGGCGCGAUAGAUUAGUUUUUUGUGCACCCCUUUGUGCAGUAUCGGUAUUUUGUACCGGAUUGUACACAAUAUCGUGGUCUUGCGAUCCCUGUGUUCAAUAUCAAGUUGAAAAAAAUCCUAAAAGUCUGUCAAAAGUACCGAACGUGAACGAUUUUUCUUCGCCAAUAGUGUUAGUCUACACCAGCAAUAAAUGCUCCAAAUACAGCCAUCGGAUAGUGACAUUGCUAGCCGCUUCAUACUGCGCUUGGCGCGUGUAUCAGCUCUUUAAGUGAAUCUACGUGGUUUGUAUUCACUAGAUUUUGGUUUGGGAAAGGCUUUCAAUCUCGCGAUUGAAAGCAACACGCGGGGUUUCAAAUCUUAUGUAUCUUAUUAUGUUUGAAAUUGUUAGGGGAUCGGUUUUUAAAUUAUUCUUUCUGGAGACUUGCACUAAAAUGUUUUGGUAGAAGAAAACAAACCAUGCUUUUAAUGCACUUGCAAAUAAUUGCAAUACAGCAUGAGAAACGUUUUUUAGUGCAACGUUAAGUAAAAACUGUAGAAAGCUUAAAAUGUCAGCUAAACAAACUUUAGAUGCUUUUGAUUUAUUCAAUUAUUCUGUCGCAAAUAAGAAUGACUAGGUUAAACAUGAGUAGCAUUGGCAUUACUAUAAGCUGCUUAGAAGAACGGCUGUUUUCUAUGGUACAUUCAUCUUGGGGGUUGUCCAUAAACCACAUGGACCAAGUUUUAAGUUUAUCUGUCCGCGGUUUUCGUGAUAUGUCAUAUGAAAAUAAAAUGGAACGUGGUCUUUGUUCAGAAUUUCUUCCUUAAAAACACCAUGUGAUUUACGAACGACCUAUAAGAGUGUAACCACGUUCAUCAUAAAUGCAGCUGCUCAGAGCUUAAGUGAAAAGUACACCAAAGGCAAAGUAAAUUUUUGAUCAAAGGCAAAAGUUUAGUUUUGUUUUUGUUUGUUUGUUACAUUUUUUUGCUUUUCUUUUGGUUUGUUGAAAUCUCAAGUAACCUAUGUAGAAAACGAAUUACAGAACUGUGAUUAGGCGCCAGUCAGAGUGCGAUAAAAAAGACAUUGAUUCGAAUCAUAGAACAAUUAGUGUGGGAAGGAUUGUACCCGAUGCGAAUAGUUGCGAUGAGUGUGAGGAAGGAGCAGUUGCAUUUAUUUGAGCCUUCCUGAUUCCUCGUGUGUUCGUGCGUUCCAUCGCGUCUUCUCUUCUCAUACAGACUGCCUGUACAAUUAAGCUGAUAUCAUAUUGAUAUCGAUUGUGAAUGGGCCAAGCACAUUCGUUACUAAAUUAUUUCAUCAGCUUCUCUGUAUAAUGACAAACCUUCUGGAAAGCAGAUUGACGACAAUCAAGCUAUCUUGUUUGUUCGAAAAUAUCGUUGUGUCGUUUCGUUUGUGUUUUAGAAUAAUUUAUCAGCCACUAAUCGUUUCGUUCAAAGUGAAGCACCAGAGAUCAGGUAAAACGUGAUAUUAGAAACGCAAGGACAAGUUUUAUCGUUACUGUUUCCACGCGGGGAGUGAAACAAAGGCGUUAUAAAAGGUAAUUCAAUGCAUUUAACUUAGAAAUGGAGCAAAAACCUGGAUGAGGGAAUUGGUCAAAUACUUAGCUGCACAAUUGUUCUGAGAAGGGAGAAGGUUGGUUUUAGUUUUGCUCAAAGUUUUAGCACUUUUGGUUGAAGGUUUUGGAUUUCCUUGCAAUGUGAUUGGCGUCAGCAAAUGAAACACCAAUCAUAUUAGGGUUGUUCGUUUUGAAUCAUAAAUCAAAAGCUGCAAGGAAAAGAGAAAUCCACAUGCUGUAGUAUUAUGUUUUAAAUUAUACGAUCUAUGCAACAAAGUAUGUUGAUAAAAUAACUGAAUAAAACCUUGUAAAAAGUA